CUGUCAGCACAAAGGCAUGUGUUCCAAGCAGUGCACAGAUAAGGAUGUUUGCCAAGGGAUAACUGUCCCCUUGGUGUGUGGCCACUGAUUGGAUGGGAUGGCUGCAUAAAGAACCCCAGGGUAAGACCAGUCUCCAUCCUCUGACAGAGCCCUGAGGCUGUUCCUGCUCAGGAGAAAGCCAGAGUUCCAGCAGCAGUAUGUCGCAGCUGGAAACUGCCAUGGGAAUGACCAUUGCUGUCUUUGACCAGUAUGCAAAGGCUGAUGGCAACAGGCAAACCCUCUCCAAAGCAGAGCUGAAGACUCUCCUGGAAAGAGAGCUCCCAAACUUCCUCUCGUCAGGGAAGGACAAGGAUGCUAUUGAUAGAGUCUUCAAGAACCUGGAUGAAAACGGUGAUUCCCAAGUGGACUUCAAAGAAUUUGUCAUCUUUGUGGCAGCUCUGACUUGCUGCUGUCACCAAUACUUUGAGCAGAAAGCAGCCAGAUAAUUGUCAAGCUGCUCACAGAAGCCUGUGCUCCAUAUGCUAGUGGUAUGGAUCCCUUCACUCCUUCCGUGUACCCCCAUGCAGUUUACAAGCA